GUACCGCUUCGCGGAGGGGCCGGCGGUGCUGGCGGUGCGCAUCCCCGAGGUGCUGGACUCGCAGUACGGCAUGUACGUGUGGCCCUGCGCCGUGGUCCUGGCCCAGUACCUCUGGGUGCACAGGAGCAGCCUGCCCGGCAAGCGAGUGCUGGAGGUACCGCUAACGGGACCCUCGCGGCACCCCCGUCAUCCCAUCUUUAGCUGCAGGGGCGGCGCCCCCCCUUCUGUCGCCGUGACCACGUUGCGGUUUCAGGUCGGUGCGGGCGUGAGCCUCCCCGGCGUGGUGGCUGCCAAGUGCGGUGCUGAAGUGAUCCUGUCCGACAGCGAGGAGCUGCCCCAGUGCCUGCACAACUGUCGGAGGAGCUGUCUGAUGAACGACCUGCCCCGCGUACCCGUUAUAGGGCUCACUUGGGGGCGGGUAUCUCCGGAACUGCUCUCUCUUGCUCCUGUAGACAUUAUUUUAGGAUCGGAUGUCUUUUUUGACCCAAAAGACUUUGAAGAUAUUUUAACUACAAUUUACUUCUUGCUGGAAAGGAAUCCACACGCUCAAUUCUGGACUACUUAUCAAGUCCGAAGUGCUGACUGGUCUAUUGAAGCUUUGCUCUGCAAAUGGAAACUGAAGCACAUCCACGUUCCCUUACAUUCGUUCAGUGCAGACAGAGAGCACUUGGCCAGCUCUUCUCUACCAGGAAGACAUACAAUUGAAAUGAUGAUCAUCUCACUAGCACAAUCAGAUGGUACUUAA